CCGACCUGGUUUACUGAUAACAGUAAUGUAGGUUAGGUAAAAUUAUCUUUGUUAUUCAAAACUGAAACGUAGCGACAUGGCGUUAAACGUUGCCCUUGUUGGAGUGUGUAUGGCCUUUAUUUCGGUCACAACAGCUAUGACACUCAUGCCGGUAUCACCGUUCCAGUGUCAAAGUAACAGUGACUGCAAUGCUGAUCAGUGUUGCUCGAAGAUUCCCAAGAUCAUGGCCGUCAGCAGACGACAGAUUGCUCCACUUCCGGAUCUCCAAUUAAUCGUUAGCUCUUCUUGUAAACCUUAUAUACCAACGAACGGAUCCUGUGCUGAAGUGAUUUCGGUUAAUGGCGACUGCGGCUGCGCACCAGACCACACGUGCAAACACUUUCCGGAAAUAGAUCAACAAUUUCUUUUUUCGAAAAAGCGUGGUUUAUUCGCGGGAAAUCCCUUAGCAUAUCGAUGUGCUCCAAAGACAGUUUAAUCGACCAAUACAUUUUAUCAAGAUAAAAUAUGCUAUUUUUGCACAAAAAGCAAACUGGUUUUUUUUUUUCAAUUUGAAAACAUAUCAUGUCUCUGAAGGUAAUGCACUUCUAUGAACUUCGUUACACAUAGAUCUGGGAGCUUGGUUAAACUCUGUGUUCCGAUGAUUCAAACUCAUCUCACUAGCAUCACUGAAGAGUUCUGACAGCUGCAUUGUGCAUGUUUACAUUGUAUUAUGUUUAUUUCGGCGUAAUAUAAUAUCUUUUAAUACGUGCUGAUCACUGGUGUGUAAAUCUAAAAAUGUAAAAUAUAUUUAUUUUACAACAAUUGUGAGGUAAGUUUUACUGAGUUAUAUUAAUCACUACUGUUGGCCCGGAAAUUACUCACGCUUUUGCCCGGCAUGUAUCCUUACCUUUUUACGUCCCAUCGGUACUUAGAACCCCGGCCACCUAGGUGAAAGGCAAGUGCCACCCGGGGAAGAUCAAAAUGGGUCUAAAGAAAGGCUAGAAUAAUUCAUCAAUUUCAUAAUGUUUUAUACAACAUAGAAAUUGACAUAAUAUCAAUUAGUAUUACGAUCAGAACAAAAAGCUGUAUUAUUGAUAUGUUGCACAAACAGUGUUUUCAUUCGCGUAAGACAUAUGAAAAUCAUAACAAACAAAAUAAAUUAAUAAUAUUUUGUAAAAACUUAAAAAAUAUAUAAAGACACAGUUUUAAUUCGUGUACGACAUUAUAUCAACUAUCCACGCGCCAACAUCACACCAAAUAGUUCACCAGGCCUAGAUCCAGAUGUUAAUUUUAUUUCACAUGCACAUAUCUGAAUAAGAAAAAUGUAUCAUUUUAUAA